ACACUGCGCAACUUUAACAUGUUCAGUCUACCACGAAUCUCACUGCCGUCGUUCCUACACGCGGGAAACGGUACUCAUCCUACGGUCGACCUACCUUCUGUGGAGGUGCACGACAUUGAAACCGCGGCGGAGAAGCGGCCGCGCACGCUCAAACAUCUCAUCAAAGCGAACCAUGCAAAUUAUUCCAUCAUUUAUCACAACCUGCGUUUUCACAAUCAUACACCACACAUUCUAGGAUCGGCGUAUUUGCUUGGAGGCACGGCAGAGCAUCUGAAUGAAAUAUAUGAAAAGGUGGCCGAGGAGCUGGAGCCGUGGCAUGAUGCCCCCGGUGAGAUUACAAAGGACGACUGGAGAGAUUUUCUAGGGAAACGAGAGUACCAACGAGCGUUCAUCGACUUCUUCGAAGACCAGCUGGUGAGCAAGAAAUAUGACCUCAAGGAUCUUCUCGAUGAAUUCUUGUUCGGGGGCAAAGAGCCGUUGAUCAAUGGCUUGAUCUCAGGACUCGCACAUCCUCUCAUCCACCUCGGAUACGCCUACGAACUCCAAUCCCGUUCUGUCGCCAUUGAAGCGCUAGCCCUCGGCUCCUGCUUCUACAACCCCCUCCAUAAAUACAUCGACGACCCGAAAUACACAAAACCCAGCCCUCACCGCGCGACGGAAGACGAGACGGACUUGCACGAUCUUCUGGACAAAGUUCGUGAGGAUAAGCGAUUUGAUGGCUUGUACGAUCAUCGGAGCGGCGACAUCUCCAAAGUGCUGGAAGAGCGCGAGGAAGCGUUUCUCGAAUAUUGGAAUGCGUGGGAGAUAGUCAGUCCGAAAGCUCAAUUCCACGCCGCACAAGCGACUGCUUUGGGGCUGUUACUGGGCACGCCAGCACCAGAGAAGGGAUCCAAGUUCGAUUUCUUCUUUGUACAUGUGCUGACCUCGAGCCAUGCGAUUCGCAUCUUGUUUCCGUUGGUACCAGCAAAGUUCCAUGUGAGCCUGCUGCGUCAAUGGUGGCUCUUCGCUCUCGCCGUGUUUAUUGCACAAAUGCGACCUCGGGUGGAUUUCAGCAGACCAAUGCACGCAUCUGAUGGCAAGGGGAAGAACUGGAAGUAUGUUGUGCACAAGGCGCUUGAUGGGCCACAUGCGAAUGACGCGCAUUAUGUGAAAGCAUUGAGGGCUAUGAAGGUGGCUGAUGACACGUGGCAGAAGCCGGACGAGAAGUCAAGCUAUUGGCUUGAUGGGGCCAUUAAAUUUGCGGAUGAGUUUGAGGGUUGGGGAGGGUUUGGUUCGGAGGAGGAAGAGGAGAGUAUGGGAUAUCCCGAAAAGCAAUAGUGAGCGUAAAGGAAGGCAAAGAUACUGUUCAGCAGGUUUUACAGCCCUAGUUCCCUGAUGCGAAAUGUCUUGCAACUGUGAAACCGACAAGUUACUUGAAAGUGAGCAUUGUUUCUAUUUGCGACGUAGAGGCAGGCCCUUCAGGCCAUUGAUAGGUGGAUCUGGCACGAGUUAUGGGCGGCAAAUUGCGCAUUAUUCAGGCACGAAAGCAGAUGUGACGCAGCUAUGAGCGAGUAGUAGGUGGUUUAGGGGGUGUUGAUCGUGCGCUCCAGAAUGCGGUCUCGACAGGUCAAUGCACCAUGUCUAAUUUGCCAUGGACAAGUGGCAAACGCCCAUGCUGUGUGCAAAUGCCAUGUUUGGGCUUUUUUGGAAAUCUUGGAAACGCCGCGUGCAACUACAGCUAGGAAUAUAUGCAUGUGCUC